CACAUGUUUCUGAAGAAGAAGAAGAAAGUAGCAUAUAGCAAGAAACUAGCAAAGUCUCUGAUCUUCUUCCUCACGAAAGUUUGGUUUAGCCGAACCCCACCACGUCUAUCUGCUAGACCAGCAAACCAAAAACCAAUUAUAGAACCAAAAACGUUUCUUUAAAGUGCGAACCGAACCAUUCAUGGAGGUGUGAAUCAGCAGCAGCCAGAAGCAGAGAACUUAAACUUGCACUCGUCUUCCACUUAAAGGCCAGCUUCUAAGUCUUUGACAUGUUAGCUAUAAUCCCAGAGGAACCAAACCGAACCAACUUCACAACGAGUGAAAGACACAUCUCAAACUCCCAGCUACUAUGUCUCUUUCCAAUUGCUUGCUUCCCUUCUCUCAAUCAGCGACGGCUCUUUCGUCCUCCGCCUGCUCUUGCCACCUCGCCUCCUCGUUUUCUAAUUUUCCGGUUUCGUCGAGAGACUACUAUAGUUCCUCCAGAAAUGAGAGUCUUGUGCUCAACGGAGGAGGCUCGAAUCUUUGCAGGAGAUUUUGUGGGUUGAAACUAUGGUUUCUUAGAAGCCUGAAUCUUAGACAAGGCAGCCACAGGAAACAUAAGCCUUUAACCGAGCUUAAAACACGCUCAGAGCACACUUUCCUCAGCGACAAACAAGGUUUUUCUGAAGAAACUGGAGCAGCAGCAGAUCUACGACCAGAAGAAAAUUUCCUAGAAACUGAUUUGGUUGAUGGUUCUCACACAGUUGGAGAUUUACCAUCUGUGUCAAAACAAUUCUUGGACGGUCUCUCAGAUGUUCAAAGAGGAGCCUCACUUUGCAUUGCUGUGGUAGGAGCUACUGGUGAACUGGCAAGACGAAAGAUUUUCCCUGCACUGUUUGCCUUGUAUUAUAGCGGCUAUCUUCCUGAGGAUGUUGGUAUAUUUGGGUUUUCAAGAAAGAACCUUACAGAUGAAGAUCUCAGAUCCAUCAUUGCGUCAACUCUGACUUGCCGUGUUGAUCAUCAGGAAAAUUGCGGGGACAAGAUGGAUGCAUUUCUUAGUAAAACAUACUAUAUCAAUGGAGGUUAUGACAACAGAGACGGGAUGUCCCGACUUCACGAGAGAAUGAAACAAAUUGAGGGAGAUUCAAAAGCGAAUAGGAUAUUUUACCUCUCAGUGCCUCAAGAAGCUCUCGUGGAUGUGGCAUGCACCAUUGGAGAUAAAGCUCAGGCGCCACGAGGCUGGACUCGUAUAAUAGUUGAGAAACCUUUUGGUUUUAACUCAAAUUCGUCUCAUCAGUUGACAAACUCACUUCUCUCUAAGUUCGAAGAGAAGCAGAUCUACAGGAUAGAUCACAUGUUAGGAAGAAAUCUUAUUGAAAAUCUGACAGUGUUAAGGUUUUCUAAUCUGGUUUUUGAACCACUAUGGAAUAGAACUUAUAUACGCAAUGUACAGGUUAUUCUAUCAGAAUCAAUUGCGGAAACAGAAAAGUAUUCCGAUGGAUAUGGGAUAAUACGGGACAUAGUUCAUAGCCAUAUACUUCAAACAAUCGCAUUACUUGCCAUGGAACCUCCGAUAAGUCUUGAUGGUGAAGAUAUCCGGAAUGAAAAGGUGAAGGUUUUGAGGUCAAUUCGUAAACUAGACCCGGGUGAUGCCAUCCUUGGCCAGUAUAAAUCCAGUUCUCGAGAGAAGAACGGUGUGACCUUGAAUGGUGUAGACCCUACAUAUUGUGCUGCAGCCUUGUUUAUUGAUAAUGCACGUUGGGAUGGUGUACCUUUCCUCUUGAGAGUCGGCACUGGUCUCAAUAAACACAGAGUGGAGAUCCGUGUGCAAUUCCGACAUGUUCCGGGAAACAUAUACCGAGAAAAUAUUGGAAUAAACAUAGAUUUGGGGACAAAUGAGCUUAUCUUACGUGACGAACCUGAGGAGGCCAUCCUAGUGAAAAUCAACAACAAGGUUCCUGGUUUAGGUCAUCAGCUAGACGCGUCUGAACUUAACCUGCUCUAUAAAGACAGGUAUAGCACCGAAGUACCAGAUUCAUAUGAACACCUGAUUCAUGAUGUAAUUGAUGGGGACAACCAUCUGUUCAUGAGAAGCGAUGAGGUUGCAGCAGCAUGGAACAUUCUGAGUCCGAUCCUGGAAGAGAUAGACAAGCACCACACAGCUCCAGAGUUGUAUGAAUUUGGUGGACGAGGGCCAGUUGGAGCAUACUACCUCUGGGCCAAACACGGUGUCCCAUGGGCAGAUGACUGAAGGAGAAACACACAUGUAGCAACUAACAGAUCUUUCCGAUUACAGAUUGUUCAGUAUGGUUAUUAUGGAGUAUUAGUCUAGCUUAAAGCUGAAUGUAUUUUUCUUGACAGACUUUUGGACCUAUUCUCAAACAGAGAGAACUAAAACAAU